GAGUUCAUUGGCACGGCGUUUUUUCUUUUGUUCGGUCUGGGGGGUAUUCAGGCUAGCACCGCGGAGGACACGGCGAGCGGUCAGCCACCAGCCUCGGGCAUCGAACAUGUUCUCUAUAUCUCAACCUGCAUGGGGUUGUCUCUCGUUGUAUCCGCCUGGCUCUUCUUCCGCGUCACUGGUGGACUCUUCAAUCCAAAUAUAUCUUUUGCGUUGCUUCUAGUCGGGGGUCUCAAGCCACUUCGCUUCGUGCUGUUCUGCAUUGCUCAAUUGACUGGUGCGAUCGCAGGAGCUGCCAUCGUUCGCGGUCUGACGUCGGCGCCCCUCUCUGUCAACAACGUUCUUCAGCAAGGGACGAGUGCCGCACAAGGCGUUUUUAUUGAGAUGUUUAUCACCGCGGCGCUUGUGCUUUCCGUUUUGAUGUUAGCGGCAGAGAAACAUGAGGCCACUCCUUUCGCUCCCGUCGGGAUUGGUCUUACGCUCUUUGCUUGUCAUCUUUUUGCGGUUUACUACACUGGCGCGGCUAUGAAUUCAGCAAGGGCGUUUGGACCAGCUGUAAUCUCUGGAUUCCCAGAGCCCCAACACUGGGUGUAUUGGGUUGGGCCGUUCUUGGGAUCACUCCUCGGUGCAGGCUUCUACGCUACCUUGAAG